ACCACCAACUCCCUCUCUCUCUAGACCUCUCUUAUCUCCCUUCUCUCUCUCUCCAGACUGUAGUCUAUUUUAAUAUCCAAGGUUUCGGUUUUUUAUUCCCAUAAAAAAUGUACAUCGCAACUACUCCCCACGCCAGGUCCACCCCAUUAGUCCUAUAAACGGGCACCUUCUCGCCCCUCUCCCCAACUUCAGGGAAAAGCAGAAGAAGAGCAUCUAAAAAUGGGCAGCUUUCAAUCAGAGAGAACAGUCAAUGGAUGGGCAGCUAGGGAUGCUACAGGAAUACUCUCUCCCUACUCUUAUACUGUCCGGAAAACAGGGCCUCAAGAUGUGGUGGUGAGAGUGAUAUACUGUGGGAUAUGCCAUACAGACCUUCAUCAGAUUAAAAAUGAUCUGGGCAUGUCUAAUUACCCCAUGGUACCCGGGCAUGAGGUGACAGGGGAGGUUGAAGAGGUGGGUUCAGAGGUGGAGAGGUUCAAGGUCGGGGAUAAGGUUGGGGUUGGAUGUAUAGUGGGUUCGUGUGGUGAGUGUGGUUGCUGCAAGGGAAAUAUUGAGCAAUAUUGCAACAAGAAAGUGUGGAGCUAUAACGACGUCUAUGCUGAUGGAAAACCCACCCAAGGUGGAUUUGCCUCCACCAUGGUUGUCAACCAAAAGUUUGUUAUGCCCAUACCACCCGGUCUAGCGUUGGAACAAGCUGCACCCUUACUAUGUGCUGGAGUGACAGUGUAUAGUCCAUUGAAGCACAACGGGCUCACGGAAAAGGGCUUGAAGGGUGGGAUUUUAGGGCUUGGUGGUGUAGGCCAUAUGGGGGUUCAGAUUGCAAAGGCCAUGGGUCACCAUGUCACGGUGAUCAGCUCCUCUGACAAGAAGAGGGAGGAAGCUGUGCAGCACUUAGGGGCCGAUGCUUAUGUGGUCAGCACAAAUGCUGAGCAAAUGCAGGGGGCCGCUGAGAGCUUGGACUACAUUCUUGACACAGUCCCAGCGGUGCAUCCCCUUGAGCCAUACCUUUCGUUACUCAAGGUCGGUGGCAAGCUCAUCGUCAUGGGAGUCAUUCCUGCGCCCCUUCAAUUCGUAACCCCCGUCCUCAUGCUGGGUAGGAAGUCAAUUGUUGGAACUUUCAUAGGAAGCAUCGAAGAGACUGAAGAGAUGUUGAAAUUUUGUGCCGAGAAGGGGUUGAGCUCCAUGAUUGAAAUUGUAAAGAUGGAUUACGUCAACACAGCUAUGGAGAGGCUUGAGAAGAAUGAUGUGCGGUACAGAUUUGUCGUCAACGUCGCCUCUAGCAAACUUGAUUGAUCCAAUCACCUUUGACUUCCGCGUGCAUCUUUUUUCUUCUCCUCUUUUUCACUGUUUUUUUAUGAUUUGGCUUUUGGUUUUGUUGUGAGAUAUGUUGAGCACUGUAGCUCAAGAUUGUAUCAGCUGUGGUUUUUAUCAUCACUUCCUGGUCUAGCCUUCUCUCUCUCUGCUUAGCCAUGGCUGGCAGAGAGUCUACAAAUUUAUUUAUGUCGCUGCCUGUAUCAUUUGCUUUCUAGUUUGAAUAAUGCUUUAUGUAUGCUAAUCUUGAUAUCUAUUUGGAUUGAAGAAUAAAACCGUUCUUGCUGGUAUUUUGUGCUAA